ACAUUAUUUUUUAUCAAUCCUUUAAAUUAUCUACUUAUCGAAACCUUAUAUUUAUGAAUUGAAAAAAAGUUAUACUAAAGUGUUACUAAACUUAUUUGUUGAGAAAAUGAUAGUUAUCAACGUUACAGAUGUUAACCAUGGUACGUACUCGGACCGGUUCAUAUUAUCAACGCAUGAUUCCGCACUACAUCAUUAGUGUGGUUAUCUGUACUAUCGACCGAUCAGCUGUUACACACGUACACACCACUCACGCACAUAGAUACAUAGUAUAGUAAAAAAAAUAAAGUAUAGUAUUGAAUAGUGGAAUAGUCAUCUAUUGGUAAAAAUUGUAUACUUUUAAAUUGACUGCACUAAAUGCAGCAAAUUGUAAAACAAAUUUUUAGUUCUUUGGUCAUCAUAGUGUUGUUAAUGGAAAUCGUGCUUAAUUUGAGUAGUUUACUUGUUUUUACACUAAUCCUAAUUUUCUUUAAGCUACUAAAGAGACAUUUAUUGUGGUUUAAUGCUACUAAUUAGCCAAUGUAUUUUAAUCAAUUACGAUAGUAAAAAAAUUGUUUGUUACCAAAAUUGUAGUUCCUUAAGUAUAUUUAUUAUUGUCGUGGUCUGUGUUUUUUAGUUUCGCAGCUAUGCGACUUAUUAGUUAUUACAAGUUUUAUAAAUUUAUUAUUUAUUUCAUUGUUGACAUUGGGCCAAUGCACAACGGUCAUAAAGAACUUGAGGAUAUAAAACAGUUAUCAUCGUAUGGGUAUUUGUUGUUUUAUGUUAUAACAAUAAGAAGAAAAAUGUCAAUUAGUUUUAUAGCUCUGUUAUUUUUGUGUGUUGUAAAUGAAAUAUCCAGUGAUGACAUCGAUGAUUCAAAAGAAGAAGAAGUCUUAAAAAAUUUAACAAAAAUAAUGGCCUACACAAACUGUUUAUUGAUGGAUCUAAACAAUAAUGAUCUAUAUGCUAUGGUUCCAUUUAUGAUUGAAAAUACUGGUAAAACAUUUGAGGAAUUAGAAAUUUACUUUGUUCCACCAAUUGAUGACAUAACUAGUGUAGCAGCUCGAGAACAAGUAAUUCAAGAUAAUCUCGGUGACUUUUAUUGUAGAACGGGACUUGACAUGAUAGAAUCUGAGAAGUGCCCGAAAGAUGUAGAAACAACUUUGUACAAGGAAUAUCAAAAUCGCUAUAUAUUGAUGAAAGAAAUCUACAAUAUUUUCGAUUAUGAAAUCGAAGAUUUAAAUAAUAAUGAAUUAAUAGAUCGUAAAUACAGUCUAGAAUGCAAAGAUAAUGAAAAUUCUGAUUGUAAUACUGAAUAAAUGAAUAAACUCAAUCAAUAACUUCAUUACUAAAUGUUGCCAUGUAAAAUUUUUUGU